AAAAGAAGAUCAGCAGUAAACAUUACCCUGAGGAAGGGUGCGAUUGCUCGCAUUUUAAUUUUUGUUUUUUUUAAUAUGGCUGUAAACGUUUCCCUGGUUCGUGAUACAAAAUGGCUGACGUUAGAAGUGUGUCGAGAGUUUCAGAGAGGGACUUGUUCUCGGUCUGAUGCAGAGUGCAAGUUCGCCCAUCCGUCACGGAGUUGCCAUGUGGAAAAUGGUCGAGUUAUUGCCUGCUUUGACUCCCUAAAGGGCCGGUGUACCCGAGAGAACUGCAAAUAUCUCCACCCUCCCCCACACUUAAAAACACAACUUGAAAUAAAUGGACGCAACAACCUGAUCCAGCAGAAGACGGCCGCAGCCAUGUUUGCUCAGCAGAUGCAGUUCAUGCUACCGGGCGCGCAGCUACAGCCAAUUACAACGUUUCCUGUGACUCCAUCGCUUGCAACAAGCCCCACAAUGGCUUUUAGUCCCUACCUGAGUCAUGUUUCUCCUGGGAUGGGCUUGGUUCCUGCAGAGCUUUUACCAAAUACUCCUGUCCUGGUUUCCGGAAAUCCUACUGUUACAGUACCAGGAGGCUCUGCUGGGCAGAAACUGAUGCGUACGGAUAAACUGGAGGUUUGUCGAGAGUUUCAGCGUGGAAAUUGCACACGUGGUGAGAAUGAUUGCCGCUAUGCUCACCCUAUAGAUAUUGCAAUGAUAGACACAAAUGAAAAUACUGUUACAGUUUGCAUGGAUUACAUCAAAGGUCGAUGCUCUAGGGAGAAAUGCAAGUACUUUCAUCCCCCUGCCCACCUGCAAGCCAAAAUCAAGGCAGCUCAACACCAGGUGAACCAGACAGCUGCAGCUGCAAUGGCCCUGCCGCCUGGUGCACUUCAACCUUUACCAAAGAGGCCAGCACUUGAAAAAAACAAUGGUGCCACCACAGUCUUUAACCCAAGCGUUUUCCACUACCAACAGGCUCUAGCCAACAUGCAGUUGCAACAGCCUGCAUUCAUCCCUACAGUGCCCAUGAUGCACGGUGCUACGCCCACCACUGUGUCUGCAGCAACAACUCCUGCCACCAGCGUCCCCUUCGCUGCAACAGCUACCGCCAAUCAGAUAUCCCAGUUAUCAGUAGAUGAACUGAGUAGCAGCAUGUUUGUUUCACAGAUGUAGAAGUUUCCGAUAGAACACAGACCAUGUUGAAAUUCUGAACAGUAAAAUUAUGGAGCACCAGGACUUCUUGGUGGGAAGCUGCGCAUGGCCUUUCUGUAUAUAUCCCUUCUUCCCUCUAUCGUUCUCUACCACCUCUACAGUAAGCCUGUUGCAGCCUACAUGUUAACCAAAAACUGAUCAAUGGGAAUGUCAAAAAAAAAAGAAAAAAAAAAAGCACUAUAGAAACAAUUAACAAACAGCGCUCUGUUAUAUGAGAUAUACAAGUAGGAAAUUAUAAUAGACUUUUAUAACACAUUACUUUAACACACUUAAUCAUUUUAUGACUACCAUCCUGAUAAGUGCAUCUGCACAGUGGACUGUUGGUUUACUGUAUACUAUCGAUGGAUAAAUGUUUGUCUUGUUUUUAAAGUGUUAUCUUACUGUUUUGUUUACAUCAUAGUCUAUUGAUUUGUUUUAAAGUGUACAUCAUUAUCAAGUAUACUCAAUACCAUUUUUUCAUUAUUGUUAUGUCUUAAGUUUUCAUAUACUGUAGGUUUUAUGGGGUUUUGUUUGUUUUUUACUAAAAAUGUUAUUGUGGGAAACAGGAAUUAUGUGCUUGAAAAACACGACACAGGAAUGUUCUGCCCUUUGCUGGAUUUUACUGUUAAUGUCAGCUAAAGUUGCUUAUGUUAAAUGCUCCUUUUAUCAUUUAAAAUUUGCCUUCAGAUACUCUCCAAAUUUUUAGUACAAGUGAUAUGAAAGGACAGCUGUAAUUUUAGUCCAGUUCAGGGUAUUUCUUUCAAUACAAUGAGCUGAUUCUGGAAACUUUUAAAAAAAAAAAAAAAACACAAAAGCCCAGGCUCAAUAAGGGGACAGGAACAAUUUGCUCGGACAGGGGUAAGCAUCAAGGGAUUUCUGCAGCUCUGUUGUCCAUUGAAGUGCAUUCUCAGCUGCAAACGGCGCACAAUCUCUCUCGCUGUUCUCAUGGUGCAGUCAAAACAAACAACAAAAAAAAUGGUGGUGGAGUGAGAUAGCUUCAGUUGGGCAAAAGCUCAUUGCAUUGGAGAGGAGCAGGUGCCAGCCAUUGGCUGGGGAGGGCCCGGGGCUGUGGCUCAGCUCAGGCUGGGUAGCACCAAGUCCUGGGGCUUGUCUCCACCAAGCAUGCUGAAACWUUUCGGCCUGAAAUCUUGUAUGUGUCUCUUCUUGAAAUUUUGUYAGCAUGCCCCAUUUAUUUAAUCACCAUUUUCUGUUAAGUGGGUGAUUUUUUUCCCACCCCCUCUUGAUCUCUGGCCCUUUAAAGCAAACACAGCAGUAACAAAGCAGCAAAAAGCUCAGCAUAAGCUUUCUGCUGUAGAUAAACAUUCAUCUUAAUGGAGCUCCUGUUGGUCAGUGGAUUUUUUCUGGCACCUUCUACUUGAUCAAGAGCAAUGUUUGCUGCACAACAAGGGCUAGUUCUCAAUACCUCCUUUUCAUACGCACGAAUGAAACCACGUCAGCCCGUGCACCCUGGACAGCCCCGCCUGUCGUUAUGCUGCGUUGCUGAACAAUCUGGCUGCAGAAAUGCAUUUUGGUCGAGGAUACCACCAAAUUCAUCCCUGUCAUAGCUCUACAGUAUCAUUGCCGUUAUGCAAGAGAUGGAUUUGCUGUUGUAAAUCCAUCAACUCCGUACAAGGAGAAAGAGAAUGGUCAUUGAAACCAAGCAAGAGGCCAGCUCACAGUGUCUGGAGGGGUGACCACCCCGAACUCACAGUGGUCCUGUAGAGUGCCAAAUUCAGACAACCAAAUUUUCUUCUCUUGUCCCAAUUCCUGGGCCUUGGUUUGAUUUUCAUUGCCCCCUCUUGUGCAGUGUGAGCACAGACAGUUUGCUAGGUGUGUAUCUCYAUGGGCUACAAGUGAUGGAGGGGCACCUGGGGCGCAGCCUGUGCACCCCAGAGCAGGCUCUGACCAUCUGCCCAUGGAGACUCACUCACAGCACAAACCUUUGAGGAGCCCAGCUCAAAAAGGCCUUGAGGAAUCCUUUUGUUCAAUUCAGCAGACUUUGAACCAAACCCUGAUAGAGUGGGGAAAAAAAMCAAUCCUGAGACCUCGUUUAUGGACCCUGAGUUUUGACAGUCGCUUGUGUCUGUGGAUGUUCCCCAGCCAUCCGUGCUCACAAGCGGUGGUGUGGCCUGAAAUCAGUGACUCUCAUUUGUAUUGGUGACCACACACCUGUUCUUUUCACCACUGAGUUUCUGUUUCCCAGAACCAUAACAUUGUUAGUGGAAAAAGUGGAUUUGAGUACUUCCUGUUUGAAAUUAUUUGUGUAUCAAAAAUGGGUUUUGCACAACCUGUGCCAGUGCCUCAACAAAGAACAGAGCUGAUCUUCUUAAGCCAGAAAGGAUGCAUUCAAGCUUGUAUGGCUUUAUGAGUUCAAGGAGGUUGAAAUUUUUUCAGUGCUAAAUGGAUUUUUGUAUAUCUUGACACUUUGAUGUAACCUCCUAUUUUAUUUAUCKACUUAAACAUCUGGCAUAGAUGUGCAUAGAAUGUAAACCUAGAAUACAGCUGUUUUCAUGUCACAUUUAAAGCACUGAAAAAAAAGGCGUUUAAGGAUUAUUUUUUAUUAAAGAGGUCCAAUGAGGGAUGUUCAGGGUAGUUAUAUUAGGUGCCACAACAGUUUUUAUAUUGCUGGCAAAUUUAGAGUUAAUUUGUAAAUGAGUUUAAGGAAAGAAAAGCUUGAAGCACUAAACUUCACCAAAUUCAAAACAAUCUCGGCAAAAAUGCCAUUUUGAGGUAGCACUAUUUAAACUAGUUGUGCAAUGACUUGCUCUAAUUUUCUUUGUUCAAGAAAGAAAAGAAAAAAAAAAACAGUCGCCAGACUAUAAAUUUCCUAAAUAGACUAUUACAAAGUCACCGAGCUAGUUAGUGACUCUAAACAAAUGUCAUAAAAGCAUGAAUAUCAUCCUUUAUUUGACAAGAGAUGUAUGUAAGUUUGUUUAAAUCAAUAUAAUUUUAGUGACAUUUUUAUAAGCUUCCCACUUUCCAUGAACCUAUAUUUUUUAUUUAUCCAAAGUUAUUUCUCUUUGUCCAUUUCUCUCAGCCUUAUGCAAACAAUAUGCAAGAAAUGCUGAAACUUGGAUAAAACGGGUCAUGCAGAGGGAAAAUGAAAGCUGAGAUUGAUCAUUUUCACGAAAAAAAGGUUGUUAGUAGUUUCAAUAAAAGUACUACUACUAAACUGUAACAUAAGCAGACAAUAAAAGAGGGAUUUAAAAUAAAAUGGAUUCAUAAAACUAUUAAGAUUAUUUUUGUUAAAUACAGUGUUUUUAGUAAUUUGGAACAUGAUUUCACAAUCAGCCGUGGUUUUUUAGUUGGAAAUUUUUAGCCGAUGAUUUUGGACUGUGUAUUUUUGCAUCGCAAACGUUCUAGAAGCCGUUACCUCCCCGGGGACCCCACGGAGCCCCCGGGACCGGGCGCGCGGGUGGCCAGAGCGGGACACGCGGUAGAGGAAUGGCUCUAGGACGCGCGGGUACACAACGAUUGAGAAACUGGAGYCCUCGUUUUUGUUUAUCCCUUGUACAUUUCACAGACAUGAAAAUUGAGAAAGGUGAAAUUUAUGAGGAAAAUCUAAUUUCCCAUUCCUGUUGAAUGGAUUUAGUUUGAUAUUGACCUGAUUUUACCAUGUGCCUGUUGAAGGCCUUAGAGUAUAUACUGUAUGUUAAAGACUGUAAUAACUUUAAAAAAAAAUAGUUGAUAGCCUAAUCCAAAUGUAAAUAGAGCUACAACUCAUUGUUAUUAGGCUACAAUGCAUUAAUUCAUGUCAUAUAUUUUCAUUUCUCUACCAUUAGUUUUUAAGGUUUUCAUUAUUGCUUUUUUUGAUAUCUUUAGUAACUAAUGAAUUUAAUUUUGAAGGAGAGUUAGAGAAAGUUUAAAAUUUUUAAUACAUGUAUUCAGCCCAUUUAGUUAUAUUCUAAACCAACACUGAAGCAUGGUAAGGUAUAGAAUACAGUCCAUAACUAGUUUGUAUAGUUUACAGUUUAAGAACAAAAUUAACUUUGUAUGUAACUCCUACAAUGAUAGAUUCAUUGUUAACUAAUUAUAUUAAGUUGUUGUUGCUAUGGCAACAAAACUACAACAUGGCUACCUUUGUAUACAUUAUUUGUGAAAUUUUCACAUGUAAAUUAAAAGUGAUGUGUAACAGUAUGAGCUUGUUAAAGGUACAGUUCGAUACUGUCAGAUAAAGAUAUGAUUGAAUAUUUUUAAAAUCCCAAAGUCCCAUGUGAACGCUGAAUUUGUGUCUUUAAGGUCACUUUUUCAGUCAAGAAGUUUACAACACAUGGAUUUAGAGUCAGGUUUUAUAGCUUGUAGAAAUUGUUGUGUGGCAAGGGUUAUUCCACAGUAUUUUCACUUCAGAAACAAGGCAGCCUGUAUUUACAACGUAGUGACCGGUCUUGCUUUCAUUWCACAUCCAUUCACACAGUGGGAAUUCAGAAUUAAUCCGUUUCAGUACUGUAGCUUUGCCUGCAAUUUUCUUUUCUCCAGAAAUUGAACACUCACACGAUUACGUUACGAUCAGGGCUAAAUAAUUAAGCAUAUAACUAUUUUAAUACUAAUUUAUAUUAGCAAAAACUGUACAUAAGAAAAAAAAAUAUUGUGGAAUGACCCCGUAACAGUGUUGAAGAUACAAAUAUGCUGCAGUUAAACUGAUUCAGUUAGUGUACGAAUGUGUGAGACACACCUUUUUUGCACUUAUGUACAUAGUCCACGAAAGAAAUCCUUGGAACUUAUUUUGAAUAUAAAAAGUCUGUAAUAAUACAGGAAAAGUUUGUAAAAGAGAUAGGUAUUACUAAGGCUUUGAAAAGGAGGAGUUUUUUGCUAUAAAACUUAUCUGAAAGCAUGAUGUUGCUUUGCUGUUGUAAAAGCUUUGUAGUUUGCCAUAGCUUAUUAUACAGCAGACUGAUAACAGGUCAGCUCCAACCUGCAGCACAGAGAAUGGGAAACGGUGCGGAAUUAAUUAGUAAGGUCACUAGCAAAGAUUCAAAUUACUUUUUUUAAUCAGCCUACAUUUUCAAACACACCCCGGGUCAUGUUUCUGAUAGGUUGUGUUCUCCGUGAAUCCUAUUAGGACYGGGAGGUCCGUGGCAGCACACACACACAUUUUUCCUAGCACCUAAUCCUAUUUCUAGCUGGAAGUGUUUAUCUGUGGGAGGUGAUUGUCAUUGUGGCGAGUGUUUUAAAUCCCAGAGYGAAUUUCAAAUGUCGCAACUUAUUGAUUUUUUUAAAAAAAAUAAACCUUUUGGGGCAAGGUAACGAAAUGGAAGGAGCUGGUGAGCCGUGGAUGGACAGGGAUGGGUUGGGAUUGUCUGGGACCAGUUCUUUGUGCUGUGUGACAGCUGUGGUGUUGGUUUGAGAGGCACACGGUGGUGCUGGGGCAGGGAGGUGGAAGCUGGUGCAGUGUGGUCAGCUGGGUGCUCCAGGCUGGGGCUAACAAACCCCUCGGAGUUGGCCCCAAAGGAGAGCAAAGCUGUGGCCUCUCAGUGAGCAGCCUCUGCUCCUGUUUGUGUUGGUACUGCUGGGGCUCUGCAGUGCCAGGGGAUUUUGGAGCAGCUGAAGCGCCUGUGUUGACCCAUUUAUUUUUGAUUGGAACAAGUUUCAGUUUUUGUUGGAUUUUCUUUUUAAAGUUUAUUUUUUUAUUUUUCUUGCAAAACCCAAGCCCUACAUUUGCUUCAGAAAAGUCGCUGAUUUUGCUGUGAGGCUGGUCUUGACUCGAGCACUGAGUCCUCCAGAGCAGAACUGAUGGGAGGUGGCACCUGAUGUCACUGUCACCCUUCCCUGCCUGCCCAGAGUUAAGGUCUGAGCUGUUGCCAAGCCCAAGGGCUGGUCCUUGGCCAGUGUUCCCAACCCCUGGCAAUGCCAGCGUGUGCCCAGCCAGCCCACUCUGCACCACGGGGCUGUGCAAGUGGUCGUUUGCUUAACUGGAGCAGCCCCAGGGUCUUUAAAAUGAGGAAAAAUCAGAUGUUGCAUCUUUCUCUCUGGUGUUAUAUAAUAACCUAGAUUUUAAUAUGAAAUAAUCAGCUAGUUCAAGGCACCACACGAUUAAGGCUUCCCUCUGCCGUAAUCAAUUUCUAUAAUCAAGCUCUUUCUCAUUUCUAGGAUUAUGAGAGAAAAAUAUGUUGCACUAUGUGAAAUGAAUCAUAGCUGGUCAAACUUCGUUGGGGUAUGAGCACGAUCAUGACAACACUGCUAAAAUCUUUGCUAGUGAUCUUUACUGACAUCCUCUAUCAUCAAAAAUAACUCUAUAUGCCUCUCAAAGGAGAUAUUUAAACAUGCAAAAUAACACAACUGUUAAAUAAAAUGAAGUUAUUUUUCCAAACACACAACAGAGAGAAUUACCUGACACCGAAUUACAAGGUUCCAGUUCUUUAUUACUGUACACAGAUGCUAUUUGAUAGUGGUGGAAGCCAAAUGAUUUUGUUGCCAUGGCUUUUGUAUCCUAGCAGAUGAGGGGAUGAUAAGACCAUUCUUAGACUGGAUUAUGGGAUUUUUUUUUUCUUUCCAAUUAGCUUUGUUUUAAUUAUAUUUUUAUUUUAGAUCAUGAAAAUGAACCAACUCCCCACCCUUUAUUACAUCACCCGACAACAGAUCACUAUUUUUUUUUAUAAAUAGAGAAUUGUAUUUUAGGCAAUCACUAAAAUCAGAGAGAGAAUGUUCUCCUAAAUUGUCAAUUUUUAAUUUAAAUAUAUAAAAACAUUUAUACUGUACUGUGUAAAGUAGAUCUUUGAAGCACAUUCUUCUUUUCAUAGGCAUUUCUGGUAAAACAAAGUAAGGGAAACAUUAGAUAUCAAUUUAAUGGUAUAGUUUAGAAAAUAUAUACAAACAAUUACACUUAGCCCUGUGGAAUUAUAAGAAAUUAAAAUAUCAUUGGAUCCAGACAGGCAUAGGUUAAUGCAGUAUUUCAGUUCCAUAACAGGAUAGUUCAUUCCCUCAACUGCUACCAACAGGGUGUACGCUUUGAAUUUAUUUUUCUUUUUGCCACAUUAUAUUGCUGUAGUGCUUGUACGUGCUUUAGAAAUGUGCAUAAUGCUACUCAUUUUAGUAUGUUACUUCUAUAUUGUUAUUGUUUAUUUUUUGAUCUUUUAAUAAAGUGUAUAAAAUUC